AUGGAGAAGAGUGUGGCAGUUGACAGUAAUGAAGGGAUAAUCUUCAAGUCAGGUCCACACCGCUCAGGACAAGGGUUUCUGUCGUCCUAUGCCACAGACCAGUACCAAGAUCUCAUUUCAUGUUUACAUCGUGGGUCACAUUUUAUUUCACAACAUUUUAGUGUAUACUGCCCUGCUGGCUGUAGGAAUGUCACCGGAGAUGUCUGGGGAAGUUCUGAACAGGGUUACUGAGAUACGUUAGUGCUGUGUAGGUCUGGAGUCCAUGCCGGGGUGCUGUCAGAUAGCCUGGGAGGACAGUCACUGACUCGUGGGAGAAGCCUCGUGUUUUACGAGUCCACCUUCACCAAUGGAAUCUUGACUAAGAUGGGAUCAUUAUCUGAAAAGAAGCUGCUGUUUAUCCAUGAAUGCAACAGGAACCGGACUAUCUCUGCUUUCAAUAAUCAUCCUUCUGGGGGGGAGAAAAACAGUCAAGGCCAAAGAAGGUACUUGAAUCGCAGAAAUGUGGAUUCUGGUGAUCAGCUCCCACUCUGGACAGCAGACAACAUUGAUCAGAAUCCAUGGCUAGAGCUGGAGCUGACUGACACCAUCGCAGGAAUAAUGACACUGGGAUCAGGUGACUUCGACGUAGAGUCCUGCAGUCUUUUCAGCAAAGAUGGAAAGAACAGGAAGUUUUAUAAAGGUGUGCUCAGUCAAGAAAGAAAGGUGUUUGAAGCCCACUCAGCUGGCCACCUGCGUGUUCUUAACAGCCUGUUCCCUCCUGUGGUGGCUCAGUUUGUGCACUUGCAGCCGCUGAGCUGGCAUGGUAGAGCUUCAAUUCAGGUGUAG